AUGCCUUUAGGCAAUUCAAGGACUAGGCUUCUACUGGCAGAUUUAGACAUUCCCCCACCAGCUGAAAGUGGUAUGUCCAAGUUAUCCAGUUAUGUGAGUUCAAAGACAACUGACUUGAACAAUGAAAGCAUGAGAACUAAGGUGGAAGAGGUGAACAAUGAAAGCAUGAGAACUAAGGUGGAAGAGGUGAACAAUGAAAGCAUGAGAACUAAGGUGGAAGAGGUGAAAAAUGUCAAUAGACGAAGAGGUGCCUCCAACCCUAACGUGAUAAAUGUGGCUUUGGAUGGCCGGUACAAUUGUCUGACCAUAGGACACAGCAAGAAACCCAGACAAGGAGCAUCCCAAUCAAUCGGCAUUGCUUGUGAGACAAACACAGAUAAGAAAUAUAUCAUAAGUGCUGUGUUGCAAAAUAAACUUUGUUGGACUGGAGCGUGGCUAAGAAACACAGGCAUUACUGUCAACUGUCCAGGACACGAGGGAUGCACAGCAAAUCUGACAAGACAUGCACCUUUAUCUGAGAGAGAAAUGGGUAGAAUAAUUGGUGAAGAUUUAUCUAUUCAAGGGGUGCUCAUCAAGUUUGCCACAACAGACGGAGAUUCAACGUCAGCUACCAGAAUUGAAGAGGCAAUGUGA